GGACUGCGUCUGCAAUAAUGUCUUGGAUGCUGUGAUGGGAAUUUGUCAUACAUUCCCUUUAUAAUUGCUCUUCAGUGCUGCUGUCUCCAUACCCCUGAAUCACAGAGAGCAGAUCAUUUUCCAUUCUGUGGUCCUGUAACAGAUAUCCUCUUAACAUGCUGAUUUUCUGGUAAAAUUGAAGAUUUCUUGUCUCCUGUACUGUCAGAACUAUUAGUAUAUUUAAUAAACAGAUGUUUAAAAAUACUGUUGGGUUCAUGCCUGUGUUUGCAAAAUCAGUUAUGAAGAUCCAUCAGUAUUAAUAGGUCUGAAUAAUGGAAGCAUUGGAAGUAGAUGACAUUAGUCCUGCACUAGAGGUUACAGAAGACUUUUUCAACUCUUUCGAUAAGCUGGAAAAUGGAGUCCAUCAGUCUCAUGUUUUUGGAAUUCACCAAGUCCCUGAAUUCUUGGGAAAUGAGAUAUCCAAUAAAAUGAAAGAACAAGCUGAUGGACAAAAUGCCAAUACGUCCCAAAGGAGCAUCAUUUGGGAGAGAUGCAAAAGUAGUCUAUUUGAUGCCAAAACAAUGAAUGGAAUCCAUGCCAAAGAACAGAAUGAGUCUACUAAAAGAACAUAUUCCGAUGAUCCUUUACUAUCAGAAAAAGAAAAGGGUACUUCUACUUUUAAUCUGUUACGAAGGCUGGACAGACCUCAUUCAGUCAAUGACUCAUUAGAUCAUCUUGAAGAUGCUCCAAAAUUUAAACCAGGACAUAACAGAUCUCGGUCAGAUGUUAGUCAUAUUGACUGGAAAAACAUUCGCAAGCCAGCCCCCUUGCAACGGUCAUCAAGCCAGGGCAUGCAUUGCACAAGUCCUUUUUCUGAACCCCGAAACAAAAAUAUGGAAGCAAAUAAUGAAGUAAGGUCCUCAUUCACAAAUAUUCUCAAGAAGGGAUUCCUGGAAACUCGAAUUACACCAGAAAGCUUUUGGAAAGGUUGUUAUGCUGAGAUAUCCCAAUAUGAAUUGCACAUAUAUGGUAGUGAUUACAGCGGCAACCAUAAUGCCACUGAUACGUAUCAUCUCUCUCAUAUUGAAAGCAUCACUAUUACUGGAAGCCACGAAACCAAACUUGUUAAUGUAAUAAUGACAGAUGACCGAUAUCUGCAGCUAAAGGCCGAUUCUGCAUGGGAGGCCAUAGACUGGGGUCAAAAGCUAUGGGAAGCAAUAUGUGCCUUGAAUCUUGUUCCUAACUACAGAAGUAUUCAUCAGGACAUCUUGAAAAAACAAAAUAACUUUUCAGAUGGUAUUAGGGGUUGUAUGGAAAAUAAUGUCAACAAGCUCACUCCUAGUGCCAUGAACAUCUCAAAUGGAAACCAGAAAAACAUCAUAAAGACUGGAACUCUAUAUAGAUUAACAAUUCAGAGUAACUGGAAAGCUUUUACCUUUGUACUUUCUAAUUCACAUUUUGCAGCAUAUCAACCUAGUUGCCUGGAUGAGGAUCCAUUGCUCAGCUACAAUAUAGAUGCAUGUAUAGCUGUUCAGAUGGAUAUGCUUGAUGGAUAUGAUUCUUGUUUCCAAGUCAUUUUUCCACAAGAUGUUCUUCGGCUUAGGACUGAGACACGGCAAAGGGCUCAGGAAUGGAUGGAUGCCAUAAUAUCUGCUGCUAAUUCUGCAAGGAAAUCCGAUCAGAGUCUACUAGUGCCUCUCAGGAAGAAGUCCAAAGAAAACCAGUCAGUAAAAGAUCUUCAAAGGAGCAAGCGCCAGUCAGUGACCACUAGCUUUCUUAGUCUCUUGACAUCACUAGCUUUGGAGAGAGGCCUCACUGCUCAGAGCUUCAAAUGUGCAGGUUGCCAGAGGCCUAUAGGCCUCUCCAAUGAAAAAGCCAAAGUGUGCAGUUACAGUGGGUGGUAUUAUUGUAGCACGUGUCAUGUGGACGAUGGCUUCAUCAUUCCUGCCCGUCUUAUCCACAACUGGGAUACUUCUAAGCAUAAGGUAUCCAAGCAAGCAAAAGAGUUUUUAGAGUAUGUGUAUGAAGAGCCAUUGAUUGAUGUGCAUCAAGAAAAUCCAUUGCUUUACAGACAUGUGGAUGCGUUGGCACAUGUUGUGCGUCUCAGACAGCAGCUUAAGUCCCUUCGAGCCUACCUUUUCAGCUGCCGAGCAGUAGUAGCUGAAGAUCUUCGAAGGAGAAUUUUCCCAAGGGAAUAUCUCUUUCAGCAGAUCCACCUAUAUUCUCUUUCAGACCUUCAACAGGUUGUUGAAGGCAAGCUUGCUCCGUUUCUCUUGAAGAUAAUCAAGUUUGCCACAUCUCAUGUAUACAGCUGCAGUCUUUGUAGCCAAAAAGGAUUCAUUUGUGAGAUUUGCAAUAAUGGAGAAAUUCUCUAUCCCUUUGAGGAGAACUCUACAAGCAGGUGUGAAAAUUGUGGAGCGGUUUUCCAUUCAGAUUGCAAAGUCAGAACUGUUCCAUGUCCCAAGUGUGUGCGCAAGGAGCUCCAGAAGAAGCAGAAGUCAUUUUGGCAGCAGCUGGAUAUGGAUGGCAGUUUGGAUGAGGCAUGCAGCAUGUUUGAGCUCUCUUACCAGAGCACAUGAUGUUUGGAUCUGGGUAUCCCCACUUGCUCUUUCUGACCCAGUUACUGGCUAACUAAGCUGUUGCCCUAACCACAAACCAGUUACUAGUCCUAUAGUGAUACCUCUGCUAGUUUGUUUUGCUGAAGUACUGUUUAAAGAAAUUAUUAUAAAAUUGUUGCCUACCCUUA